AGCUUAGUGAGUUUUCCUUUUCAGCAAAAAAAAAAAAAAAUGGUAAAAAUCAGAACUAAAAGCUAAAAACUGGAUUUGUAUUGUGUUAAGCAUAAAUAGAGUUGAGUGGUACAAAGAGCCGGAAGCAACAUCCGGAGUUGUGGAUCGAUAUGAGCAAAGCUACACGUAGCAUUGUUCGCCUAUUCGUUUAAUGAUCCAAUUUGGCGUUACGCAUUGUGCACAUUAUGGUGCUGUACUUAGAAAUAUUUAACUAUUCAUAUGACUAUGUUUGUUUUUUAGUUCUAAUUCCAAUUGUGGGGGAGGGGAUGGAUUUGGUGGCACUGGUGAAAUUUUUAGUGACUUAUUGAGGUCGAGCUGUAAAUUGGUCAGCCUACGAACUGAUUCGACCACAUAUGAUAAAUACUCAUUAUUGAAUUAUACAUAUAUAGCAAUUCUAGAACACGCGAUCGCCCACUGAAUGUGCUUUGCUGCUAAUAAUGCCGCGAUAAACUUUUGGAUAGUCUACAUUCAGUUCUAGAGCGACAUGGAAUUGCGCUUAAUAUUAAUAGCCACGCUGGCUUGCCUUGCCUUGAGCCAGAGCUAUGCUCAAACCACCUGCAAGAAUGGACUGGGUCGUGUGCUCUAUGAGCGCCUGCCCAAUCAACAGCUGCAGGGCUACGAUGACGACGUGGUGCGAGACACUGCACCACCAUUCCGCGUGCUGGAGAAGUGUCAGGAUCUAUGUCUGCGCGAUCGCACCGGCACCAAUAAUCUAGUGCGCACUUGUACCAGCUUCGACUUCCAGCCCGGCAGUCGGAUCACCUCGUUCGGUGGCACCUCCGAGUACGAGGAGUCCCUCUGCUACCUCACCUCCGAGCAGGCUGGACCGGAGGGCAUUGGCAGCCUGAUGCUGGUGCCGAAUAGUGUGCACUUUAACGAGAUCUGUCUGACAUCCAGCCGCCCCGAGCGUGAGUGUCCCAGUCGACGAUAUGUAUUCGAGCGACAUCCGCGCAAGAAAUUGAAAUUGCCCAUCAGCGACAUCAAGGAGAUAACAGCCGCAAAUCGUUCGGACUGCGAAGACAAGUGUCUGAAUGAGUUCUCAUUUGUGUGUCGCUCGGCUAACUUUGAUUCGACGAUGCGCUCCUGUACGCUCAGUCGCUUCACGCGGCGCACACAUCCAGAGCUAAUGGAGGAUGAUCCCAACUCGGACUAUCUGGAGAAUACGUGCUUAAAUGCUGAGCGACGCUGCGAUGGACUGGCCGUGUUUGUUAAGGAGGAGAAUAAGCGCCUGGGCGGUCCUUUUGAGGUGGAUAUAUUUAAUAAUAUGACGCUAGAGGAGUGCCAGACUAUGUGCUUGCGUGCCGAGAAAUACUUUUGCCGUUCAGUUGAGUUUGAUGAUCAAAGCAAACAGUGUAUACUGUCUGAGGAGGACUCCAUUUCGCAGAAGGAUGACAUUAGCAUUAGCUCCAGUCCCACACAUCAUUUUUAUGAUCUUGUGUGCCUCGAUAAUCAACGAGCCACCGAUUAUCCAGAUAACUCAGUCACCUCGCACCUCUUCUCGAGCGGCCGUCGGCCAGAUACAGCAUUCCAACGUUACCGCAACUCGCGACUGGGCGGCGAGUUUCACUCUGAGAUCACGGGACGUUCGCUUAGCGAGUGCCUGGACGAAUGCCUCCGCCAGACAAGCUUCCAGUGCAGGUCGGCAGUUUAUAGCGAUCGUUUUCGUACUUGUCGCCUCAGUCGGUACAAUCAAAAGGAUGGCAUGCGCAUUAUAUACGAUGCUGAUUAUGAUUACUAUGAGAAUCUGAUGUUGAACGUUGUGGGCGGAGGCAGUGGCAGCAGCGGCAAUGGCAACGGUGGCGCCGACGGCGACGUUGGUCACGGUGGCAGCAACGAUGGCAAGCGACCCGGUGAUCACUCUGGCAGCAACUGGAGACAGCCUAACAAGCAUGACGAUCGCUACGGACCGGGGUCAACGGGUGCUGGCCUGGGCGGCCCCGGUUCUCAUGGGGGCGGCAAUAGACUGCCGCAUGGGGAGGGCAUUGAUUAUGGUCGGCCAUACGAUCGCUAUCCCGAUUAUGCAGGCAAUGAAUACGAUCGUUAUCCUUAUGGCGAUCGUGAUCGUGACCGUGACCGCGAUCGUUAUCCACCCGAUCGUUAUGGCGGCUCUCGUUAUCCGGGCAGCGAUGGCAUGGGCAUGGGCUAUCCGGGUCGACCCUACGAUCGUUAUCCAGAUGAUUAUGACCGAGAUCGUGAUCGUGAUCGUGAUCGCUAUCCGGAACSUUAUCCACCCGAUCGCUAUGGAGACAGACGCUAUCCGGAAAGGGACCGGGAUCGCGAUCGUGAUCGCGACCUGCUGCCCUAUCGCCCGCUGCCCUAUCCGGCCAUCAAUGAUAAUACACUGCCCAGCGAUCUGCCACAUACGAGACCUUUUCCUCCCGAUGAUGAUGCGCCCUAUAGGCCGUUUGGCUAUGGCGGAGGGGGACGAUAUGGAGACCAUCGCUAUGACAGUCGUUAUCCGGCACGUUAUCCACCCAGUCGUGAUCCAGUAGGCGGCUACACGGGUCGUGAUGCGCCCGAUAGCAUAUUCCCGGACAGACGCUAUCGCCCCUCAUCUAUGGCCCCACCGCGCUAUCCCUAUGCGCCUGAUUCGCGCGCGCCUCCCGGACGCUAUGAUGAUAUAGUGCACAGUGCUCGGCGUCCAGAACCCGAAUCCGCUAAGAGAUAUCCGCCAGCUCCCCUAGCGCCCACCGGCAGCGCCAGCAAGUAUGCCUCGACCCCAAAUCGUUUUCCGGUAGGUAGCGAACGCUAUCCCAUUGACAUCUACAAGUACGGCAAUCGCUUGGGACCCAGCGACGUAGGCAGACGCCCCGCUUUAGAUCGUCCGCCGCCUUACUAUGACUACGACUAUGAGGAACGCUAUGGCGAUCGGUAUGCACCCGGACCCUAUGAUCGCGAAUAUGAUGGACCACCGGCGCGUCGACCGCCCUUGGGUGGUCCCUAUGGUCGCUACGACACGCCCUUUAAUCGCCCCUACGGAGGUGGUGGUGGCGGCGGCAUUGGCGGUGGCCUCGAUGAUCGACCCAUACCGGUGCCCGGUCUCGGUCUGGGCCUCGCACAUCCGCCCACACCUUACGGUGGGGGAUCGCAUGUGGGCGUACCUGUUGGCGCUGGUCCACCGCGUCCGCCCAUAACGCGCUGCGAGGAGAGCGAUAAUUUCAAGCAGAUCGCAGCCAGGCACAAAAUGCGGCGUCAUUUCGUUCGACGCGCUCUAAUCGUGCCGAGUCUGAUACAGUGCGAACGGGAAUGCAUCGAGAGUCGAGACUUUGUGUGCCGCAGCUUCAACUACAGAGACACCGCCUCCAGCUAUGAUGAUCGGGAUCGUGAACGUGAUCGCGAGUCGCCCAACUGCGAGCUAAGCGAUCGCGAUUCACGUGAGCUGGAUAUACACGAUCCGGGCUCGUUCGAUGCCUCCAACUAUGAUUUCUACGAGCGCAGCAUUGGACGCAGCGACGGCGAAUGCAUGGAUGUUACGCAGACGUGCAACGAGGAGGGCAUGGAGUUCACCAUACGCACGCCUGAGGGGUUUUUGGGUAGAAUUUACACAUAUGGAUUUUACGAUCGCUGCUUCUUCCGUGGCAACGGCGGCACUGUCAAUGUACUGCGGAUUAGCGGACCCCAGGGCUACCCAGACUGUGGCACACAGCGUUACGGCGACACGCUGACUAAUAUUGUAGUCGUGCAGUUCUCGGACAAUGUACAAACAAGUCGCGAUAAGCGCUACAAUCUCACUUGCAUCUUUCGAGGCCCCGGCGAAGCGGUCGUCAGCUCUGGCUAUAUCGGCGCCGGCUCGGGCAGUCCCAUACCCAUCGAAUAUCUGCCAGCCGAGAACACGCUGAGCUCGAAGGUGCGUCUGAGCAUUCUCUAUCAGGGCAGGCCCACAACAACCAUCGCCGUAGGUGAUCCUCUCACAUUCCGACUGGAGGCACAGGAUGGCUACAAUCAUGUUACCGACAUAUUUGCUACAAAUGUGGUGGCUAGGGAUCCAUACUCUGGGCGCAGCAUACAGCUAAUAGAUCGCUUUGGCUGCCCUGUGGAUCCUUAUGUCUUCCCCGAGCUGGACAAACUGCGCGAUGGCGACACACUGGAGGCACGCUUCAAUGCCUUCAAAAUACCCGAAUCGAAUUUCCUAGUGUUUGAGGCGACAGUUAGGUCCUGUCGCGACGGCUGUCAGCCCGCCUACUGUCCCGGCCCGGCGGGUCGCCAAGAGCCCUCCUUCGGGCGCAGGCGACGCAGCUUGAACCUAACCGAGGAAAUACCCGAGCCACAGGCACUGGAAGCUAUCAAUGAUGAGGAGGAGCAGGAGAUCACGGUGGUAAAUAGCACCACAGUGAGUGCUACAAUGGGUGGUGCACAGUUGAAUGCCACUCAGGAGAGUGACAAGUCCAAGGAGAAUGAAGAACCAGAACAAGUGCGAGAAAUGAUUGAAGUUUUUGAGACUCGCGAGGAAAUUGAGAAGGAAUCCUAUCCACGCAAACUCGUGGCCCCCGUCGAAACUGUUUGCAUGACGCCCGCGGAGUAUCAUGGUCUGAUCACAGCCAUAAUAUUGCUAAUGAUUCUACUGUUUAGCAUUACGCUAGUUGCAGGAUUGGGCUACAGACGCUAUUGGAAAUCCAUAUCAAAGAAUCGUCUGGUGGAUCGCCACUCACCCAUACACUCGCUGGGUCAUUCCCACUCCUCGAUACGCACCCACGAGCGCUUCACCGAAAUUGGCCACAUGCCAAAUGGAAGUGGAGCAACUGGAACUGGAUCUGUAACUGGAGCUGGCAGCAAUCGCAGCACAUCGAAUCGCGCCUCAAACGCUUUUCGCACCAACAUGUCCAUGUUUGGCGGCUCAUUACAUAAGACAUUUGCCACGGGCAAUUUGGCGCGCAUGUGCCAGCUGCCAGUGAUAAAUCCCAUACGCACUGCCGGCAACUCCAACCAUCAGUUCGAGGAUCCCAGUGAGCCCAUCUACACCGAUCCCUCGCUCUUCGAGCGCUCCAGAUCGCUGCGAAGUCUGACCAUGGUCGCCGAGUCGGAAGAUAAUCAAGAGGUCUAAAAUGUAAUGCACAAGGAAAUUUUGCUCGUCUUCUUGUGAUUAGCUGUAAAUACCAAGCGAAACCAUCUGCCUAAUAAUAUAUAUACAUAUUGAACUGAACAAUUCAGUUUUUUAUUACGGAUAUAUCCAAUACACAUCUACAGCCCACUGCAUUAGGCUACUGCACGUGCAUUCGGUUACCUCGACUUGCGUUUCGAGGCUCAAUAUCAAAUAUAUUGAUAAUCCAAGUAGAUCUAAGGCAAUUCAAAUCGAAUAUCGAUCUAUAUUAAUCUUAAUAACAACAGCAAAUACCAAAAGCAAAAUCUCAAACACACAAUUAUUUCUACAUAACUAAGAUAUUUAAAUUAUAUACUAUAUUAAAUGCAAUAAAACUCAAAAACUUA